ACACUACCUAUUCGUAGAAGUAUUUAUUCAUCAUCCACAUAUUCAUUUUAAGCUUCUACGUCUGUGUACAGGAAAGUAUUAUUUGUAAGACGUAAGAGAAAAUAUAUCUGUUUAUUGUUAAAUUAUCAUGACGUUCUUUCCAACACAAAAAGUGUAGUACCUAUUGUUUCCAAACUGCGUUACCCACUCCAGCCAGUAGAUGGCGUCUAUCGGGUGAUGCUUCUUGUGUGACGUAUAAUGGACUGGACGGGACGGUUCUUCAGGAACAGGCGCCAACUCUUUCAACCACCUCGGUAGCCUGCUAGACAACAUAAAACUGAAAGAUUAAUUCUUUAGACCAUGUUAUUGUACAUUAGCUAAUCUCAGUGUUUUAGACACAUUUCGGUUGACGUAUCUACUGGUUAACUUUAACCUAAUGUGCUUGUUCAAUUUGCAAACUUGUUAAAGAUUGAUACUGAGGUUAGCACUAGGCUAGUCGCUAAUGCUAGCUAGCUAGCUAGCUAGCUAACAUCCCCGACCAUGAGCUCACUGAACUACUCCCUUGCUAAUGAAGAGGAGGUCUGCUUUACGGAGAAAGAAUCUUUCAGAAUGAAAAAGGAGGAAGAGGAGGCUGUUAUGGUGAAAGAAGAGAAAGAACCUUUUAGAGAGGAAGAGGGUGCUAUCUUAAUAAACGUGAAGGAGGAAGACGUUUUGGGAGUGAAAAAGGAGGAGACAGAAGAUCCGAUUGACACCAGAGAGAGACAUGACUAUGGUGGAUCCUCUGCGGAGCCUCAACAACAUCCUGAUGCUGACGAGGCGGAGAAGAGUCUCUCCAUAUCAGAACACCAGAUGGACAACGCUAGCCCUUCCAGCCUCCCGGAGUCCAUGUGUCGUGCCUCUCCCGGUCGCACCUUACUGCUGGGUAUGAAGAGGUUGUCUGUGCUGCUGGUGGACUUCAGGAAAACAACGGGGCUGAGUGGAACUGUGAGAGGAGGAGAAGAGAUGAAAGGAUCAGAUUUGACUCAUCAAAGAGAGAGACAUGACUAUGGUGGAUCCUCUGGGGAGCCUCAACAACAUCCUGAUGCUGACGAGGCAGAGAAGAGUCUCUCCAGAUCAGAUCACCAGAUGGACAACGCUAGCCCUUCCUCCCUCCCAGAGUCCCUGUGUCGUGCCUCUCCCGGUAGCGCCUUACUGGGUAUGAAGAGGUUGUCUGUGCUGCUGGUGGACUGCAAGAAAACAACAGGGCUGAGUGGAACUGUGAGAGGAGGAGCAGAGAAGAAAGGAUCAGAUUUGACACAUCAAAGAGAAAGACCAGACUCAGUGGAACCAGAGCCAGGGACGUCCAAACCAGCAAGAAGACACCAGUGCUCCCACUGUGGAAACGGUUGUAACCGGUUAUGGGACCUGAAACAACAUGAGAAAAUACACACAGGGGAGAAGUCUUACGACUGCUCCCAGUGUGGAAAGAUUUUAACUGUGUAGGGAGCCUGAAACAACAUGAGAAAAUUCACACAGGGAGAAGCCUUACCACUGCUCCCAGUGUGGCAAGUGUUUUAACCGGGUAGGGAGCCUGAAACGACAUGAGACAAUUCACACAGGGGAGACGCCUUUCCACUGCUCCCAGUGUGGAAAGUGUUUCACCCAGUUAGGGAAUCUUAAACAGCAUGGGCUAGUACACACAGGGGAGAAGCCUUACCAAUGCUCCCAUUGUGGCAAGUGUUUUAACCAGUUAAGGACUCUGACACUACAUGAGCUAGUACACACAGGGGAGAAGCCAUACCACUGCUCCCAGUGUGGCAAGUGUUUUAACCGGUCAGGACACCUGAAAGCUCAUGAGCUAGUACACACAGGGGAGAAGCCUUACCACUGUUCCCAGUGUGGCAAGUGUUUUAACCAGUUAAGGACUCUGAAACGACAUGAGCUAGUACACACAGGGGAGAAGCCUUACCACUGCUCCCAGUGUGGUAAGUGUUUUAACCAGUUAGGGAGCCUGAAACAACAUGAGCUAGUACACACAGGGGAGAAGCCUUAACACUAUUCCCAGUGUGGAAGAAGUUUUAACCAGAAAAACAGCCUGAACCAACAUGAGAAAAUACACAGAGGUGAGAUGCAUUACCACUCCUCCCAGGGUGCAAAGCAUUUGCCCAUUUAGGAAGCCUGAAAGAGCAUGACACAGAGGAGAAAGCUUACAAAAGCUUAGACUUUGGGAAAACAUAUUACUCAUAACAAUCACUUAAACGUCAUUAGAGAAUCCACACAGGAGAGAGAAAUUACUUCUCUUAGCGUGUAUAUUGAUAUUUCACAUCUCAUUUUUCUUACAAUUCAUCAGAGAACAUACACAGUGAUCCCGUUGUCUUAUAUUGUUGCCUUAUAAUGUGUUUACCUGUUUUUAUCAGAUGAAAUUGCUUCUUCCAAUUAUUGAUAAACAUGUACUGACUGUUAGAACUGUUCCAUGGAUUGAUGAGGAAUUUAAAAGCUGUAUGUUUGAAAGAGAUGGGGCAAAAGGAGUGGCUAAUAACUCUGGCUGCACAUCUGGCUGGCUUACAUACUGCAAAUUGAGAAAUGAUGUGACCAAACUCAACAAAAAUAAUCAACUUUAUUAGGAAGCCAAGAUCAAUGAUAUAAAGAAUGAUGGAAAAAAACACCAUGAAAGAAAAGUAGUGCAAGUAUCGAAUUUUGUAAAGUUAGUGUGGGAGAGGUGGAAAAAUUGUUAUCGAUCAAUAAUGACAAACCUCCUGGCAUUGACAACUUAGGAGUGGCUAUAGAGUCAGCUACUGUCCUCAGUAGCUUUCCAUCCAUCUGUCAUAUUUUUAAUAUGAGCCAAGAGGAAAGUCUUUGUUCUCAGGCCUGGAGGGAAGCCAAAGUAAUUCCACUACCCAAGAGUGGUAAAGCGGCCUUUACUGGUUCUAACAGCAGACCUAUAAGCUUGCUGCCAGCUCUUAGCAACCUAUUGGAAAACAUUGUGUUUUACCAAAUGUAAUGCUAUUUCUCUGUAAACAAAAGAACAACAGACUUUCAGCAUGCUUAUAGAGAAGGGCACUCAACAUGUACUGCACUAACACAAAUGACUGAUGAUUGGUUGAGAGAAAUUGAUUACAAGAAGAUUGUGGGAGCUCUAUUGUUAGAUUUCAGUGCAGCCUUUGAUAUUAUUGACCAUAACCUGUUGUUUAAGAAUGUUUGUGCUAUGGCUUUUCAACCUCUGCCAUAAUGUGGAUUCAGAGCUGUCUAUCUAAUAGAACUCAGAGGGUUUUUAAUGGAAGCUUCUCUAAUGUCAAACAUAUGAAGUGUGAUGUACCGCAGGGCAGCUCUCUAGGCCCUCUACUCUUUUCUAUUUUUACCAAUGGCCUGCCACUGGCAUUAAACAAAGCAUGUGUGUCCAUGUAUGCUGAUGAUUCAACCAUAUAAGCAUCAGCAACCACAGCUAAUGAAGUCACUGAAACCCUUAACAAAUAGUUGCAAUCUGUUUUGGAAUGCGUGGCCAGUAAUAAACUGGUCCUGAACAUCUCUAAAACUAAGAGCAUUGUAUUUGGUACAAAUCAUUCCUCAAGUUCUAGACCUCAGCUGAAUCUGGUAAUGAAUUGUGUGGCUGUUGAACAAGUUGAGGAGACUAAAUUACUUGGCAUUACCUUAGAUUGUAAACUGUCAUGGUCAAAACAUAUAGAUUCAAUGGUUGAAAAGAUGGGGAGAGGUCUAGCCGUAAUAAAGAGAUGCUCUGCUUUUUUUGACACUACUCUCCACAAAGCAAGUUCUGCAGGCUCUAGUUUUGUCUAAUCUUGAUUAUUGUCCAGUCGUGUGGUCCAGUGCUGCAAGGAAAGACCUAGUAAAGCUGCAGCUGGCCCAGAACAGAGCGGCUGUCACGCCCUGGCCAUAGAGAAGCUUUUAUUCUCUAUUUUGAUUAGGCCAGGGUGGGCAUUCUAUGUUCCUUUUUCUGUGUUUUUGUAUUUCUUUGUUUUUGGCUGAGUGUGGUUCCCAAUCGGAGGCAGCUGUCUAUCGUUGUCUCUAAUUGGGAAUCAUACUUAGGCAGCCUUUUUCCACCUGUGUUUUUUGGGUAGUUGUUUUCUGUAUAGUUGAUUUGCCUUACAGAACUGUUCAUUCUUCUCUUUGUUAUUUUGUUCUAAUGUUUUUUGAUGAAAUAAAAAUCAUGAACACUUA